AUGAAGAAAUGCAACCAUACCUUCUGGCUGGGCCUUUCGCCCCAAGACCACAGCACCGAUAUCGUGCUCUCGAAUCGGGUCCGGCAUGUCUUUCAUCAUAUCCCGGACCACGAUGUGGAGUACCCGCGGUUCCUUGUGGUAGUUGGGAACGAUACGAAGACGGCGGCGUUAAGGGAGCUUUUCGGUGUGAAGAGGGCGGGAAAACGCAAUGUCACCUUGGGCCUUGGCGAACUUCAUUUGCACCUCGACUCAUCCAGCGUUUUCUACCAUGAGCCGCUGCUCAUCGCGGAGGGCGACGCCUCGAAGCCGCUCCAUGCGAAAAUUCCCACUGACCCAUGCCACGAACUCACGAGGCGAACGAUCCGACCGUUACCUCACCAAUCUGAUCUGACGCAGAUUGCUAGCGGCCUCUAUUCCCGCUUUCUCUACCCGUUUGCAGAUGUCUUUUGUUUCUUUUCCGAGGACUUGGGCGGGCUGGAGCAGGUAGCAUGCUAUCUUGCUGUGUGGCUAGAGCAGGCCUACGAGUCGAGGAUCUCUACCGGUACGAAGCCGAGGGUCGUCGUCGUAGCUGAGACAAUACCGGGAGGAGGGAGGGGCGAGCGGCAAGCUCGAAAGAAUUUCCUACGGCUGGUGCGGCAGAAGACAAGGAAGAAGAUUUCAGACCAUUUCUUGUCCAUUGAAAUCAUUGCGCUCUCUCCGCGUGGCCCACUCUCUCUCUCAGCCCGCCACAGACUCUUGAAAGAGCGUCUCAUGAACAGCUUAGACCAAGCACGUCAGUGCAGGAUAGAUGCACAGUUCCUUUUCUCGACCGCCCAUCUCGCCGUCUUCCUCAACAGCGCUAUCGAACACUUCGCAGAUGCCACCGACGAGCCGUUUAGCUUGGUAUGGGCCUCCAGAUUGCACAAUCCGGUAGCAGACAAUCUAGAGCAGCAUAUAUCCACAUUCCUGGCCCAGAUCAAAACGUCGGAAGAGCUAACAAAAUUCGGAGCGCCCAUCAUCGCUUCGAGCCUACUCAUGGACAACUACCCACCCGAUGCUCCCUUCUUCCCUCCUAGUACGGUAUUCCAGGUUUUAUAUGAGGAUAUACUAAGCAAGGUAAGCGCAGGCAGGGUAAUAUGCUUUGAUCAAUCUAAAGAUUUCCUUCUUCGAAGCGGGUUGGUUGCUAUGGUAAGAAAGAAUUUUGAAGAGUUUGCUAGAGUAUCUAGUCAAGGGAAACUCCCCUCGGCUACUAUACAUCGCAACAACCUCCGCCACCACCAAGAACGAUGGCGUAGUGUAAAAAGUAGCAGCACUUGUCUUUCGUGUCUCCGGCGCAGCCCUCAGUUUCGCCUAGAGUGCGGACACGUCGUGUGCGAAAACUGCGCGGUAGUAUUUGGCGAACCUGAUGUAGACGAUCCCUGGGUCUAUACAGUGACACAAUGUUUCCUAUGCCAAACGGCGAUGCCGAGACCGGUAGUCAUCCGGACGCACCCGCCUACUGCGGGAGCUGGCGUUCUCUGUAUCGACGGCGGAGGUGUCCGUGGCAUCGCAGCGCUUAAAUUCUUGGAAAGGAUCAACGCUCGUAUCGGAUUGCCUAUCCCGCUCCAAAGAUUCAUCAAGGUCGCUCUGGGAGUGAGUUCAGGGGGCCUCAUUGUCGCCGAUCUUUUCUUGAACGGCUCUCCCGUGGAACAGUCCACGGAAAGAUUCAAGCUGCUGGCCAAGACGACGUUCCAACGUCGUGGGACCACAAACGUUUCACUCCUGCCUCGCUUUGUGAGACGUUCCAUCGUCUCCUUCGCCGGUGCGUUUCAUCCUCUUCCAACUAUCGUUCGCUCCAUCGAACUUCUCCUAUCCUACCUGGCUGACGGAUUAUAUCCGUCCCACCAUAUUGAAAACGCACUAAAGCAGGUGUUUGGCGCCGAGAGGGGCAUCUUGGACUAUUCCCACGCGACCAGCACGGGGACUCGGGUCGCGCUGCCCGUAGCGACCGUCGACACGAAGCCGUCGUGUCGCCUCUUUACGAACUAUAAUGGCGUAGGCGAGCGCAAGAAAGGCCAAGACCACGUCAUGAAUUCAAGUGGGAAGAUGCUCUUAUGGGAAAUCGCGAGAGCGGCGUCUGCUGCGCCAGGGUAUUUCUCGCCGAAACAUGUCGAUGGCGCCGGCACCUUUCAAGAUGCUGGUCCGCUCGAGAACAACCCGCUGAUUUCAGCGCUGUCCGAGGCGGCCGCCUUAUUUCCCCUGGUCGAAGAGCCUGACUUUGUCGUGUCUCUGGGUACUGGGGAGCCGGAGCCGACCAGCAACUUUCCCACCACCGCUUCACGCAACGUCUGGAAGAAUGGCGCAUUCCCGAGGCUAUGCCGGCUGUUCUGGGAGAAGAUGCGAGAUAAGAAGGUAAGUGAGGCCUUCCGGGCCUACCCUCGAUACCACCGGCUCAACAUCCAAUUCGACGGCGACGAGCCGAGGCUGGAUGAUCCGGGCAGCAUCCCAGAGAUAGAAGCCAAAGUGCAGGAUGACAAGACGCUCUCACAAACGAUUGACACGAUAGCGAGAUGCUUCAUAGCCUCGCUCUUCUACUUCGAGCUGGACGCCGUCCCGGAACGCGUCGGGGGGAGGUACGUAGGGACCGGCCACGUAGUAUGUUCUCUGCGGCGUAACGACCCAGCAUUCCGCGAAUUAUUUGACCGGCUUUCGAGCCAGUCAGCCCGGCUAUGGAUAGAUGGGAAUGUGGUGGCUACAAUUGAUAACUCUUGCCUCGGGAGCGAUGGCAAUUUUCGAAAACGGGUCGACUUAAACACCGAGGGUCGAUUUGUAAUAUCCCUACAGCAAGAGCAAAACUCCUCCGAACCGUGUAAUAUUAGUGGGUCGCCGUUUGUGAUAGAGAAACUCGUAUUGCAGCAAGGCCUCAAUGCUGUUUUUGGCCGACCUGAUCAUCGGAAAAGGAAGAGGUUCGACUGCCUUGGAUCUAGAACGAAGCGACGUAAACUGUGGUAA